AUGAAAAAUAAAACUGACGUUUGGGAAUCCAGUUUGCAACAAUGUUUCGGAAUAGUUAUAACACCAGAUGAACCAAUUAUGAAAUUAAAAGGUUUUGAUGUCAUCCAAAUUGAUUUUUGGAUAUACGCAAAUACCUACGGAAUAUACAUGGAAGAAAUCGUGGUUAAUUUUGCAGAUAUACCUUCAUUUUGCUUUAGUUUGUUGGUUGAAAUUGUAGGAUUACCCAUAGAAUUUCCUUUUGCUUUAAACAUGACUACACAAUUUCCAACCAUAAGGUUUGGUAACAUACCAUAUAAAUGGAAACCAAUUAAAAGGAAACUUAAAGUGGUUAAUUCAAGCGAAAUACCUAUAGCAGUAUGUUUUCAUGUAUUUUUACCAAAUUUUAAAGAUAAUAAAUACAGACCUUUCAAUCUCAUCUUUGAUAUGAAAAACGAAAUUGUUAAUAUAGAUGAUGUCGAAUUAUUUUUGGUACACAAUAAAUUGGGAAAGGAAACUUCAGAAUACCUACAGUUAACGCCCUGUGAUUUAAAUUUGGAAAAACACAGUUUUAAGGAAAUUGAGCUAUGCAUGUAUUCUGAUAAAAUUCCCGCAAUUAAAGAAAAAACAGAUCUUACUUGUUAUAUAUUAGCUUAUAUUUAUUUAAACGAGGAUGAUAGAAUGAAACUAAACUUUUACUAUAGAAAAUCGGGAAAACAUCUAAGAAAUAUUAAAAUAGACGUUCUCGCAACUAUAGAGCUGCCAACUUUUAAAUUAGAUUAUUUAUACGGCGAUACAAAAUUGCAAUUCUUCGUGAACGAUAUAAUAUACGAAGAUAAAUCACAUAUCGAUUUUAGACUAGUAUUUCAAAAUAACAAUUGUUCUGCCAUAAAUACCACUCUUCAUAUUAUGGAACCUUUUGAUGUUAUAAGUGUAAGCACUAGCGAUGGCGUUGAAGGAAAGGAUACCAUUUUCGUAAAUCCUGGGAAAACAUUAAUUGUUUGUUAUUUGCAAACAAAUUGA